CAGCGGCCACUUCCGCCGUGAAGAGGCCUCGCCAGGAGUAAAAAUGGCGGAGUCGGUGCUAGAAGUUGUCGGAAAGCUGCAGUCUCGGCUCUCGGGCAGUUCGGAACCGAAGAAGCUGAUGAAGAGUUUGAAGAGGCUUUCUGAGUUGCCAAUCACAAUUGACAUUCUUCUGGAGACUGGAGUAGGAAAGACUGUGAAUGGUUUACGAAAACAUGAACAAGUGGGGGACUUUGCCAAGAACUUGGUAGCGAGGUGGAAGAAGCUUGUGCCAGUUCCACAGGAAACAGAACGGCAUAACCUUGAACCUACAGAACAGGGCUAUGACCAAAGCAUCUAUAGGAAACGACAGCGAGACCUGUCUCCCAAAGAGGAUGAAGAGGUCUACUCAGAGGCCUAUCAGCCUUCUUGCAGCCAGUCAUAUGAGUCAGAUUAUGGAACCAAAAAGACCAAGAGGUAUUCAGAGCCUGAGAAAUCCCAUCAAGCUGUAAACUAUGGUAUUCCAGAGGACAGGACAUGGGGGAGAGAGUCCUCUGACCAGGAAUGUUCUGACUGUGGGCAUGCAGUCUCACCUGAGCUCAGUGAAAGUCCUCAGGAACUAUAUAUGGACCUCUGUCGUCCUGAAGAGCAAGAGAGGGAGCAGAAAUCCUUUUCCCGAAAGGCAAAUAAAAGCCACCAGUUUCAGGACAGACAAGAAGGAACUCAUAAUAGGAACUUCAGUGACUCUCAAGAUAAAGCCAGUUCAAGUCGGAGCAAAGAGCCUAAAUCUUCUCACAAAGAGAGGCAGCGGCCAGAUGCCAAGGGAGAGGAGAAAGCACCUGCAUUUAGCUCACAGAGACUGCCAAAGGGUUCUUCACUCCAUGAGGCUUCCUUGUCAGGCGGCAGCAAGGAGAAGCUGAAGGCCCUGGACAGCAUCAAACGAGACAAGAAAAAAGAUGGCAGUGGCAUCAAGAAGGAGAAACCCCACGUUGAGUUGGAGGACACCUUGGAUAACCAUAGGAAGAAACAAAAAACACAUGACAAACCAGAAAAGAUGAAACUCAGCUUGGAGGCUUUGUAUGGAGAUCAGGAGAAAUCGAAACCUGAGGGUGAUUUGCCCAAUAAGAACCGGGAGAAGAAGAGCUCCAGCAGCUUAAAAACUCCUGAGGGCAAAUCCAAAGUCUCCGAGCCAAACAAAAGAACAAUAGGCUUCUCAUCUCCCAGUCUUGGAGAGGGAGAAGCGGAGGAUGAGUAUGAACAGCCAACGAUGUCCUUUGAGUCCUACCUGAGUUAUGACCAGCCUCAAAAGAAGAAGAAGAAGCUGGUGAAGCCUACAGCUCCAGUCCCAGAGAAGGACAAAGGGCACAGCAAGCAGAAUGGCUCCAAGUCGAGCACCAAGAGCUCAGACUCAAGCCGGAAAGCUCACAAGCAGGCGAGCGAGAAGAAGCAGAUGGGGGCGUCUAAAGCAAAAAAAAUACUCAUUGACGUGGUGCCGAUGCUCCCUGACAUCCCAUUGCCCCCCAUCCAGGCAAAUUACCGCCCUCUUCCUUCACUUGAAUCAAUCUCACUCGCCCAGCCAAAGAGGAAAGCACUCUCGUCCCCAACCGAAGAAGAUGAGGCUGGUUUCACGGGACGUCGGCUGAAUUCCAAGAUGCAGGUGUACUCGGGUGCCAAGACUGCUUACCUUCCAAAGAUGAUGACUCUUCAUGAGCAGUGCAUCCGGGUCCUCAGCAAUAAUAUUGAUUCAAUCUAUGAAGUGGGAGGUGUCCCAUAUUCUGUGCUCGAGCCUGUCUUGGAACGCUGUACUCCAGAGCAGUUGUACCGCAUUGAGGAGUGCAAUCACGUUUUAAUUGAAGACACAGAUCAGUUGUGGCACAAUCAUUGCCAGCGUGAUUUCAAGAAAGAGAAGCCAGAUGAGUUUGAGACCUGGAGGGAACUGUACUUACGUCUGCAUGACGCUCGAGAGCAGCGGCUUCUCAUGCUAACACAAAACAUCCGUUCAGCUCACGCCAAUAAACCCAAAGGCAGGGUAGCUAAGAUGGCAUUUGUCAACUCAACAGUCAAGCCACCCCGGGAAGUGCGGAGAAGACAGGAAAAAUUUGGGACUGGGGGAGCGGCGGUCCCGGAGAAGAUCAAAAUAAAACCAGUGUUCUUCACAACAGCUAAAAGUAGCAGCGUUCACAUGGAAGAGGAGCAGUCCUAUGACAGGCCCAGUACUAGUAGCGGCCACUCAGGUCCAUCCCUGGGCAGCACUUCGUCGGUUGCCUAUGAUCCGAGGAAGCCCCCUGUGAAGAAAAUUGCACCUAUGAUGGCAAAGACUAUUAAAGCUUUUAAAAACAGAUUUUCUCGAAGAUAAAGGAACCCAGGAGCCAGUGAAUGCGAAGGAAAAAUCUUAUCUUUGAUGGAAGCAGUGCUUACAGGAAAAUGGGGAGGGGUUGGGGAGUUCUUGAAUCCCCCCAAACCCUAUUUAAGACCAACAGCACAGUAUUGUUCAAAGCCACCUUCCAGUCCCUCCCUUUGUUCCCAUAAUCUGGUUUUAUCUGCCAAGCGUUUUGCAGAUGUGAAGUCUUGGCCCCUGGCUGAGACAUGAAGGUCCACAAACUGUCGCUCGCUCUUCAGUCUUUUUCUCCUGGACUGCAGAAUGGAAAGAGUACUGCCUGCCACCACCUGCAGUGUUUUUCUGUUCCCCCUCGGCCAUGGUGUAAUACUCCAGGUCUCCUCUCCUAGUGUCCACUUUGGAAGAUCACCUUUUUUUGCAGAUACUGUUAAUGAAGAAAGCCCUUUAUGAUUGGCGACCGCUGCUGAAGGACCCACUGGGAAUCCUAGAAGCUUGGUCAACCCUCCGGCAAGUGAUCCCCAGACAUCGCUUUCUCCUGCUUUCUGUUUUUCAGUCCCAGCUCUCAAGCGUUCAUCCCAUGCCUAAAACCUUUGGCCUUUUCUAUGCGGGGACAUCUGGAGGUGCCACUCUCUUUCGUCGUUCUGUUCAUUUGGCAAAGAAAAAAAACUAAUAAAGUAAGAAAUGGUUACACUUUAUUUUAAACUCAUAGGAAAAAAGCAGCACAACAUUGGACCGAGGGACAACUCAGGAAGUGGAGAGAAGUCACUUUGCACAAAUCUGAAUUUUAAGCAUUCAUCGGAGUUUUUUGUUUUAAAAAUGAAUAGUGAUGAUAGAAGAUAUGGAGGAUAGGUUUCCCCCUCCCCUCCCCGUUUUGAAUUGAAAACAUUAGAAUUUCCUCUUCAGUCCCUCCAGUUCAGUCAGAAAACAUUUUCUGACUUUUGACAACAGAACAGGCACUUUAAUUCACUGUCGUCCUUUAAAGAGCUCCACUGACAAAACCUCUCUCAUCCAGGAGUUUUGGAUGCCCCAGAACAUAGAACAUGGGCCAAGCCAAGGGUGCGGGGUUUGGUCUGGAGCUGUAGCAUCCGCUAUGGAAUAAUCCACAAGAGCACUGCACACACAGAAAAAGCCAGGGAAAAGGAGUUUUGAGAGUGGUCUAUCUGUCCCAACCCUCAGACUCUGAGGGAACUCUUGUUGAUUGGCUACUGCUGUUUUAGCGCUGGGGGGACACUGAGCUGAUGAUACUAUUUAUGCUGAUGUUGAUAGGUGUGUGUUAUGGGGGGAAGACAGACCUGGUUUCGGAAGGCUCGAUGGUGUGUUUUCUUAGUGCCAUGGUUGAAUGAACGUUGAUGUAGGCAGGUUUAUGAAGGAACCUGGCCUUUUCCUGAUAUCAUGGAUGAGGGGGAAAGAGGUUCUCCCAGUGACCUUCUAGUGCUGCCCUUCUGAACUCUGGCCUUUGGGUUUUCUGCUGAUACCCAAUUAGUCAUGGUAGUAGCAGUCACCAAGGCCCUACUGUACUAACUUUUAAAACUGGUAAUUCUAUGUAUGUAGAGCUGGAGGGGACUAUGAAGUGUGUACCAUGCGGGAUAAGAAAACCCUCUUGAUCAGCGUUUCUCAACCUUGGCAACUUUAAGAUAUGGGGACUUCAACUCCCAGAAUUCCGGAAAUUGAAGUCCACACAUCUUAAAGUUGCCAAGGUUGAGAAACGCUGCUGUCGAUAGUCUCUGUCCAGUCUAACAAACAAUGUCCCUAGAAGUUCCAAUUUUUAAAAUAUAUAUAAAUGCAUAUAAAAUUUUAAUUCUAGAAGGCGCUGUCUCCCUCAUGCAGUUUUGGAGCUGAUUUAAAAUCCCCAGAAACUUUGUCUAGCAUUUUAAGUUAAUGAUGUGAUGUUGGAUAAAAAAAAAAAAAUCAUGCUCCUUUUGCUUUGCUGUACUUAAUUUUGUGGUAUCUGACUUAGUUACUUAUAUAUUUUUCUGCCAGUUGUCGUACGUGGUGUAUUUUCUCCUUUUUAUAAUUGGAUUUGGUGGCAGGAGGAGAGCAAAGGAAAGAAUUCUCAGCCACAGAAGGGCAAAGGAGAUUUACAAGAGCCUCUGUUGGUCCAACUGUUAGCUAGAAAUAUUGGUGGAUUUUACCCCCCAGCCCCUUUUCCCAUUCAAGGAAGCAUCUGGAGAACUUGAAAUAAUCACCUGUCUGGAGCCUCUUUCUUGGCACGGCGAUAUUCUUGUUUUGCAACAGGUUUAUUGCAGGACACUAUUGCCAACCUGAUACAGUACUUCCCAGUUGGGUUGGACUGGAACUCCCAUUAACCCCUACUGGUUACAAGUUAUGGGGUUUCCAGUCCAAUACAUCUGGAGGAUAGAUGGUAGGGAAGGUUGGGUGAUGCCAUCAUGAUACCUUUUCAUAGCACAAACCUGUCAUCAGGUGGAACGACAGCUGUAGUAGCUGGUAGCUGCGAGAGGGACUUUCCAAAUUUGCGUCAACAACAGGCCUUGUGGGCUCAUUUUGCCAGUGAUGGGGAGAUGCCCUUUAAACACGGUUGCUAUUGCCUUAUGGGCCAAGAACAACACUUGUAGGUUAACCACUGCAUUGUUCGUACUGUUUAUGGGUGGUGCCAUUGGAUAUAUUCCGCUAUAAUAUUUUGGACUAGUUGAUUACCUUUUCUCAUUAAAAUUACAGUUCAAAUAUUGUACUGCAAGCUUACCCAGGCUAGCUUAUUCCAGAUGUUUGAGGCAUCAGUUCCCACAUUCUUUCCCAGCGCUGUCUGGUAGGAGUCUGGGGGUUGAAAUGGCAACAGCUUAAGCUGGGUUACAAGCCAUUUCCAGGGAAAGGGUUGUACGAACUUCCAGGUCAUUCAUCCCUCUUUAAUGUGGAAGGUGAUUUUUAUUUUAUUUAAGGCAAUUUUAAAUUCAGGCAAAUGUUACAUGAAUGGGCUUAACUGCAUUUUGGAACCUCCUUUCUAAUGGAUGGGGGAUACACAAACAGAAUCAGCUGCAGAGUAUGAUGACUCGGCUUCUGCUUCUCAUUGGGGAUCCCACAUAUUUUAAAAUGGGUGCGAUUUUCAGUUGCACACUACACAACGAAAGAGCCAUAUGAAAAUGUGGCCCCCUGCUGCUGCUUCCCCCCCCCCGCAUACUACAAGGAAAAGGUAAUAUGUUUGCUUGUUGAUUCCCCCCUUGUAAAUAAUUUUCUAUUUUACUUUUUUUGGUGGUAACUAUCAAGAUAAAUAUUUUAAUUAGAUAACUUAUAAGAAAGGAAUUACAUUGUGUAUCAAUAAAAGCCAAACACUGGAAUUUGUCUCAGUUACUUUUUUCCCCCCUCUCAAGACAUGCCCCUGAAACUCUUCCCCCCACCCCCAAAUAAAGUAAUAAUUCCUAGACUGUCUACCAGGCCAUGCUUCUAUGCCAAGAAAAUGGGGGAAUGGACUGUGAAAGAUAAUUGGGAUUUUUAGCUAUAAACAGGUUACAUGAGAACUUGAUGGGGUUCCAUGAGAGCCUAAGGGCAACAAAACGAACAAAAGUUCACUUGAACACAGGCCAGGGGCUUCCAUAGCAAUCUUUCUGAGGUACAGUGGAAAGGGUUGGCAAUUAUUAUAUAGAUGCAAUUAUGAAACAUGGAAUUGGGGACAAAUGGGAAAUGUAUUACUUUGAUUUUGAAGUACUGUAUGUACUUGGCUAUCUAAAGAGAUGCCUAGGUCAGUUCUGGACCUUCAGUUAAGAAGAAUUGGGGUGGCCAAACGUUUUAUGGAAAGCACAGAAUUACUUCCAUGUUCUUUCUUGUGUAUUUUGGUUCCUAUUGUUGUGGGCACCUUGUUUUUGUUUCUUGUCUUGAAUCCAGAGAAAGUACUGGAGAUGGCUUUAAUUCAAUGUUGUUCAGGAUAUUGUCCUAGAUUUAAGAUUUGGUGUUUGCUCAAAGAAUAUUGUACAGUUCCCCCUUCCAGCUCUUUAUUUGAAGAUGGUGUUUGUGGUUCAUCAUGCGUUAAUGUGCAUUGUACAAAAGAUCUGUCUGGAGAGAGUUAUUUUAUCUUGAAGGAGACAGUUUCCCAGUCGUGGCAAUACAUAUGUGGAAAAGUCCAGCCUUCUCUGCCUGGUUCUUCUGCACAGUGGCUGGAAGUGCUGGGCUUUAUAAUCACAAUAUAUCUGGAAGACAUCAUGCUGGAGAAGCAUGGGAUAAUCCAACUGUUUUUUUUAAGUCCGCUUUAGAUCCUUUUUAGUCUGCUGUUUCAGCUCUGAUUCAGAGAAAGAGCUAAAAACUAGUAUUCAACUUUUAUCAGCUCCUUCUGUGAUCACAUUCUCCUACGGCUGGUUAGACUGUUGGAGUGAGGCCGAGGACCAUUAUUCGUUACUUGCAUUCCAAAUAUUGGGGUGGCUACAGCAAACAUAAAUAUUGAUUUCCUUUAAAGGCAAAUUAACUGUAUUUCAUACCUGUAACUUCAGUGUGGUUAAAUAUAUGUGGAAUAAUAAAACCCUUUGCAAUGAA